AAGCUUCCAAUUUUCCAAAUCCAAACUCAAGGUCCCCCAAUUCCUGUUAUUUUCUUGCAGUUUCUCAGAAACCAAACAGAAAGAAAUUUUGUGUUAAGUCGAGAUCUGGAAUAUGGGUUUCUUGUUAACAACCCUAAUUUUUGCUGUGAUGGGGAUAAUUGCAUCGCUUUGUACUAGAAUUUGCUGUAACAGAGGUCCCUCUGCUAAUCUGUUCCACCUAACAUUGGUCAUUACAGCAACAGUUUGUUGUUGGAUGAUGUGGGCGAUUGUAUAUCUUGCACAAAUGAAACCACUCAUUGUCCCCAUUUUGAGUGAAGGAGAGUGAAGUUCUUUUACACAAAAUAUUCUUGAAGAUUAUCAGUAAACCGGCAACAUGGAUUGUGAAUUGGCCACCGAGGAACAUCUGAAUUUUAGUUGCCAUGGAUGAUUCAGUGUCUUCUUAUGUUAAUUCUGUAUGUAAUCCUUAUUCAACCAUGGACUUUGAAUUGGUUUUGUGUUGGCACUUGAUGUUAUGAGUUUCUUAUUUGUUAUGUUAUCUUUUAUUCAAUUUUCAUAAAAAUUAGUGUUGUUCUAUCAGACAUUAUGUAAUUUUGAUAAAAUAAUUAUGAAAACUGCCAUAGAUUGUCCUGUAUUUUCCCCAAAACCAUUCAAGUUUACCUCUCUGAUUCUGGAU